AUGAGCGAGCUGGAAGGGGACUUCACCAAGCUGCUGCUGCUGAAGGAGGAGCGCAUCAAGGAGCUGGAGCGGCGCUUGGGCGAGAAGGAUGAGGAGAUCCAGGAGCUGCGGCGGCGGCUCCACAAAUGCCAGUCCGUGCUGCCGGCGCCCAGCCCGCACAUGGGGCCGCGCACGACCCGCGCGCAGGGCAUCUCCGCCGAGCCGCAGACCUACCGCUCCUUCCACGACCUGCGCCAGGCUUUCCGCAAGUUCACCAAGGGCGACAGGUCCAAGGAACUAAUAAAGGAAGCAAUCCUUGACAACGACUUCAUGAAGAACCUGGAGCUGUCACAGAUCCAGGAGAUUGUGGAUUGUAUGUAUCCCGUGGAGUAUGGCAAGGACAGCUGCAUCAUCAAGGAAGGAGAUGUGGGCUCCCUCGUGUAUGUCAUGGAAGAUGGGAAGGUUGAAGUGACGAAAGAAGGGGUGAAGCUGUGUACCAUGGGACCCGGCAAAGUCUUUGGGGAGCUGGCCAUUCUCUACAACUGCACCCGCACAGCUACGGUCAAAACUCUCGUAAAUGUGAAACUUUGGGCUAUUGAUCGGCAAUGUUUUCAAACAAUAAUGAUGAGGACAGGCCUUAUCAAGCAUACUGAGUAUAUGGAAUUUUUAAAAAGUGUUCCCACAUUCCAGAGCCUUCCCGAGGAGAUACUCAGUAAGCUUGCAGAUGUCCUUGAAGAGACGCACUACGAAAGCGGAGAGUAUAUUAUAAGACAAGGUGCUCGAGGGGAUACUUUCUUCAUAAUCAGCAAAGGGAAGGUGAAUGUUACACGCGAAGACUCCCCCAGUGAAGAUCCUGUCUUUCUCCGCACUCUAGGAAAAGGAGAUUGGUUUGGAGAAAAAGCCCUUCAAGGGGAGGAUGUCAGAACAGCCAACGUCAUUGCGGCUGAAGCGGUAACUUGUCUCGUCAUAGACAGAGACUCCUUCAAACAUUUGAUUGGCGGUUUAGAUGAUGUUUCCAAUAAAGCCUAUGAAGAUGCUGAAGCAAAAGCGAAAUAUGAAGCCGAAGCUGCCUUCUUCGCCAACCUGAAACUGUCUGAUUUCAACAUCAUUGACACCCUUGGAGUUGGAGGGUUUGGACGAGUUGAACUGGUGCAGCUGAAAAGUGAAGAAUCAAAAACAUUUGCCAUGAAGAUCUUAAAGAAGCGGCACAUAGUGGACACGAGGCAGCAGGAGCACAUACGGUCAGAGAAGCAGAUAAUGCAGAGCGCCCACUCGGACUUCAUCGUAAGGCUCUACAGGACGUUCAAGGACAGCAAGUAUUUGUACAUGCUGAUGGAAGCCUGUCUAGGUGGAGAGCUCUGGACAAUUCUCAGGGACAGAGGUUCGUUUGAAGAUUCGACAACCAGGUUUUAUACCGCGUGCGUGGUCGAAGCUUUUGCCUACUUGCAUUCCAAAGGAAUCAUCUAUAGGGACCUCAAGCCAGAAAACCUCAUUCUGGAUCAUCGAGGUUACGCCAAGCUGGUCGAUUUUGGCUUUGCAAAGAAAAUAGGAUUUGGAAAGAAAACAUGGACUUUCUGUGGGACUCCCGAGUACGUAGCCCCAGAGAUCAUCCUGAACAAAGGUCACGACAUUUCGGCAGACUACUGGUCACUGGGAAUCUUAAUGUAUGAACUCCUGACUGGCAGUCCGCCUUUCUCAGGCCCAGACCCCAUGAAGACUUACAACAUCAUAUUAAGGGGAAUUGACAUGAUUGAAUUUCCAAAGAAGAUUGCCAAAAAUGCUGCUAACUUAAUUAAAAAACUAUGCAGGGACAAUCCAUCAGAAAGAUUAGGGAACUUGAAAAAUGGAGUAAAAGAUAUCCAAAAGCACAAAUGGUUUGAAGGCUUUAACUGGGAAGGAUUGCGAAAAGGGACACUGACACCUCCUAUAAUACCCAGUGUUGCAUCUCCGACGGACACAAGCAAUUUCGACAGCUUCCCUGAGGACAACGAUGAACCACCCCCUGAUGACAACUCAGGAUGGGACAUAGAUUUUUAAUGUAUUUCUUUUACCUGCUUCUGCCUUGCUGAAGACAGCUUCCUGGGACGUGGCUGCCAGCAGAACUGAAAGAGUUGGGGAGGAUUAGUGCUCGGGGUCACCAUGAUGCCUUGAUUGAUGCUGCUACAGUAACUACAGUGGCAUUAGGACUUCUCGCUUAGAUGACAAUAGUGCUCUUCAUGUUUUCUGUUCAAACUUAAAAUAGCAGUUGACAUGUGGUGGUCCUGACGCAAAGCCUUUCACCGGUAAAGAAGUAUGUUUUCUAUCACUGCGACGUUCUUGCGACGCUCUAAUUAUCCAAGUUGAAAGAUAACG